AUGGGCGGCGCGGGGCGGUCUCUCGUGCUGCUCGGGCUGGGCCGCGCGUGGGGCAUGAUGGUGCAGUCGCCCAUGGGCGAGCCGCGGGCUCAUGCUGCGCUGCCGAUACGUGCCAACAGUUCCGCAAAGCGGGGCGCGGCCGAGGAUCGAGUAGGGGCGGCUACAGAAUUGCCUUUGCCCAGAAUUGAUAUUUUCAUCGAGUGUACGAAGAAUACGUUGACCGCUCGUAGAUCAUUCCACGUAUUUUUUAGCAACUUCGACGAGAAAAUCAAUUUUGGGGUACAGUGGAGACUUAUGCUAAGAAUCACCCUGCUUGCCUCCAGGCUGCCCUUGGUUUCUUGGGUCUCGAUGACACUGUCAUGGAAAGAGUGA